AAGCACGGAAAAAGCUUGAAGUAACAGCGGGAAUUUAACAUGAAGAAAAUUUUGGUAGCUUUUUGUUGCAGCGCGUUUUUCAUUCUGUGCGCAAAUGCGGUUGGAAAUUUGGUAGGAGGACGACAAAAUGUGGAUCUAAAUAAGGAUAAAAGUGCGUCAGAUGCAUUGAACCACGCCGUUCGUCAACAUAACUCCAAAAACACCUAUUUGGAGGUGGUGACAAAAGUGUUACUCGCCCAGAGCCAGGUGGUGGCAGGAGUGAAAUACUUUUUUACUGUACUAAUGGUAAGGACAAACUGCGAAAUGAACUCGCGGCCGUGCACCAUCCCUCAAGAGAAUGUGCAGACCUUCAAGUGUGAAUUCACUGUAUGGAGCCGUCCGUGGAUGAAGUCUACCAUUGUAACUGAAAAGUGCAACAAAUUUAACUCCACUUAGUUCUGAGACUUUUUACUUGUGCAUGCAAAUGGCAAAGUUAUUUAAUGCAAUAAAACAAUUAUUUAAUUGCAUACGUAUUGAGACUUGAAUAAUAUUCUAUAGUGAUCACUUUUUUGGAACCACAAAAAUGCUACAAUAAAUGUAUUUCAAGUCCUGU